CAUAAGUUUGUGGAAGGGUCAAUGGAAGGGUUAGGAGAAGGUACCUACUCAUUCAUAUAUCAGGACUUUUUACAUGUACAAAACUCCACCCAAUUGACCAAUUCCGUUCACCCAGCUGGUUUCUCUGUUGUACUGAUCUCAUCUUCCCCUCCUCUCUUCAAUGCAAUCAAUUCAUUUGCCUGGCACCCCAUUAAUUUCUCCAGCCAUUAAGGAUCCCAUCUCCCCAUCUUCCUCAAAUUGACCUGAAAAUUUGCUUCUUCUACCACCUCCAGAGAUCAAAAGAAAUCUCACUCCAGCAGCAAUUCUAAGAGAGUCUGGAACUGAGACAGUGGUGAUCCUGGUGAGUCUCUUCUCUCCCUUUCUCUCUCUCUCUCUCUCUCUCUCUCUCUCUCUCUCUCUCUCUCUCUCUCUCAUGUUUCCAACUUCGUAUGCCUUAACGAAGCAUGGACUGGGUGUUUCAUGAAAGCAUCAGGGGGAUAUCUUCUUCUCCAUUUCCUCUUUCACUCCCAUUAGCAGUCCUCCCACCACCACCGCCACCACCACCAUCACCCCGUCCACCUCCUCCUGUUAUUAAUAUUGAGAAUAGGAUCAGUCCUAGUAUUCUCCUGAUAAUUAUCAUACUUGCAAUCAUCUUCUUCAUCUCUGGGCUGCUCCACCUCCUUGUGAGAUACCUCCUGAGACCCAUCAACAGGGAACCAGAGGACACAGAGAACUCGACAGCACUCCAGGGCCAGUUGCAGCAGUUGUUCCAUCUCCAUGAUGCAGGGGUUGACCAGUCCUUCAUAGACACCCUCCCAGUCUUUCCCUACAAGGCCAUCAUCGGCCUCAAGGACCCAUUUGACUGUGCUGUGUGCCUUUGUGAGUUUGAGGCUGAUGACAAGCUCAGGCUGCUCCCAAAGUGCAGCCAUGCAUUCCAUGUAGAGUGUAUAGAUACUUGGCUCUUGUCCCACUCCACCUGCCCCCUCUGCAGAAGAAGCCUCCUCCCUGACUUCUCUCCUCCAACCAGUUGUAGCCCCAUACUCCUUGUUCUUGAGUCUGGGAGUGAGAGCUCAAGAGAGAGUGUUUCUGAGAGGGGAGACUCCUUCCCUAAUACUGGUCUUGUUUGUCAUGGAGAUGACGGCCCUGGGACUUCUAUCGAUGAUACUUCACAAAAGCCAGUAGAGAUCACUGCAAAAGAAGAAGCUCGCUCGGUAGUGGCAGCCUCAGAGGUUGAGGAAACAGAGGUAGUACCUGUCAAGCUCGGCAAGUUUAGGAGUGUGGAUGGUGAUGGAGCUGUUGGUGAAGGCAGUAGCACUGCAAACAGUACUCUGGACCAGAGGAGGUGCUUCUCCAUGGGUUCCUAUGAGUAUGUGAUGGAUGAGAGGUCCUUGCUUCAGGUUCCCAUUAAGCCACCAAAGAAACCAAUCGUCCACAGGCCCGGGCACCGGGAUGCAAUCUCGGAAUGUGAUUACCAUUCAAAAAGGGAGCCAUUUAAAGGACUGGAUGCACUAAGAGCUGCAGAGUUCAGAGAUGGUGGUGGUAAUGCUAGUAUCAGCCGCAAUCAGCAUAAGAAAGAAAGCUUCUCAGUCUCCAAGAUAUGGCUUCGGUCCAAGAAAGAGAAGCCCAUGGCUGAUGACUCUUCCCGGCGAGCUUUAUCUUUCCGGUUGCCGUUGCAUCGGGCGGUGAUGACCGAUGAAUCAAAGCUGAAGAGCCGUGCCAGCCCUGCUGCUACUGCAUCUGAAUUCAACGUUUCGACAUGGGAGAAGAGCUCAAGUGAAGUAGAUCUGGAUGCGGAGGUAGGAAGCUCCAAUAGAGUACGAUCUCCGGCUGAUGAGGCACCCUCAUUUGCAAGAACGUUGCUUUGGCUGGUAGGAAGGCAGAACAAGGUUGGUAAUCAACUCUAAUAUCAACAAUACAUGAUUGUUUGUGCUUAGCAUUCUUACAUUCCAGAAAAAUAGAUCAAGAAACAGAAGUUAAAGAUCAUUUGGAUAUAGAUCAGAAAUUUUCCACUUGCAUGUUCCUUAAUGAAAUUGAUGAAUUGUCAUGUAUAUGUUCUCACCACAGGCUAAAACUGGUAUGUAUUGAGAAGUAGAAAUGGUGCAUCAGUUUGAUUUUAAAAGAAAAUUAGCCUUUUUUUUUU